UGUCAAACGAUGAAAAGACAUGGAGACUCUUUUACGAUUCCGAAAUAGAGCGCUCGGAUGGUGGUACAACAUCCCUCUGCCAGCAGACGAGACCGCAACACCAAUUCCGCAGCGCUGGCAUGGCUUCGACCAAGCAUCAGACAAAUGGAUUCCUAUCGACUCCACCGCUUCCCCUACCACGGAUCGAAGCCCCAGGAACUAUAGUAAUCUAGUAGACGGCUCGGAAUUUAUGCUGAUUACGUGGAAUAUCGACGCCAGUUCCUCUGCGCCCGAGGCCCGGAUCUCUGCCCUCCUCUCGCACAUCCAGAACCUGACCACGCUACCGGACAUCAUUUUCCUACAAGAAGUGUCCCGACCUGCACUAUGGACCAUACUAGACACACCAUGGGUUCGGGAACAUUGGUAUUCAAGCGAAGCGGACACCACAAGCUGGGGGAAACAAGCCUUUGCGAGUAAGACACUCGUGUCAAGAUCACGGUUCUGCAACCCUGGCUCUGCUGCCAACCAUAUGGCUGCUAUCGGGCCUGUUUGGCGGGUGAAGUACCCUAGCCGCUUUCAGCGGGAUGCGCUUUGCUGCGAUAUCCUCUUGCCUUCACUUGAUAUGACGCAGGAUGUCUCCCGUAUUCGGUUGAUUAACGUGCAUCUGGACUCUCUUCCCGUGUUUCCCUCCUUGCGUCCUCGACAACUCUCUGUAAUCGCUUAUUAUCUACGCGUUGCGGGACAUGGCUUGGUUGCUGGCGAUUUCAACCCCGUUUUUCCUGAAGACGAGACCUUGGUUAACGAGAAUAAUCUCAUCGAUGCUUGGACCGAGCUGCAUCCGAACAAAGAGGGGAUUACCUGGGGACUUGAUAGCGGCACACCAUUUCCUCCGAAACGAAUGGAUAAGGUCGCGCUUGUUGGACUAAAGCCUUUUGAUAUUCAGGUUAUUCGGCCAGGUACGUGUGCUGCAGGUAUAGGUAGCAAGGAAGGUCAGCUUGAACAGGAGGAAGGGAAGACAGAACAUGAAAAUGACGCUCAGCUACCGUGGAGUGACCAUUCAGGACUCAUGUGUAGCUUCAAACCAUAAUGAUAAUUACGAUUCAUGAACUAGUAAUGUAUAACAAGACCAAAUGGUGCUGUACUGCCUUGGUACCUCCACAACACAUAGUACCCAGGUAGGCAACAACCAAACAAUGUCAGGCCACCAAG